AUGUCGGAAAGUGAUGAAAAUGUGCGUGAUAAAAGUGUACAUGAGGGCGAGCUGACGUCGUCCUCGUCUACCAGCGGCGAAGAGGAUCCGCCGCAACGUCGUAAACGAAAGUUGUCUAGGAGGGAGGUAGGAUGUCAGAAAAAGAGUAAGGUAUUAGAACACCUUGCUGAACAAGUAAGUCAAAUUCAAAAUUAUUUGGCUUCCAAUGCAUAUCCUCCGUCGGGUUGGUACCCCGCUGACCCCGGGUAUCAUCACCCAUUAGAAACACAUGUAGAAAAUCUGGUGCCAACCAAACAGGAUGCACAUUUAGUUGAGGUACCCGCCGAGUCGGCCAUUAAAUUUGAUUUUAAUUUAAAAACGAGUUUAAAAGAACCUACAGUAUUGAGCGCAAUUACGCAUGGCAUAAUUAUGCAAAGCGAUGCUUUAAAAUCAGGAGUAUUUGAUUUACUGCAGUGGGUACAAGAUACCGAUAAUUUUGUUAAAGACGAUCUGGUAAAGAAAAUUAAAGAUAUAUUUUCGGGUGAAUUUCAAAAGAUAUCUCUUGAUUGUUUACAAUUGCUUUGUGGGCGUCGAGCCGAUAUUAUUGAACAAAGACGAGAAGCAUUCUUGAAUUUAGUAAAAGAUAAAUUUCUAAAAACUACCUUAAAAAAGAUACCUCCAUCCUGUGAUUUUUUAUUCAGUAAAGAGCAAUUUUCAGACUUUUUAAAUAAUAAUGGGGGCAUUAAUAAAAUAUUUUCAAGACCUUCCUUCUCUGCGCAAGAGAAGAGAAGUACUGGUACAUCUCAGGCUGCGCAACCUGGAUCCAGUAGUUACAAUCGAACCGGUCGCCCCACAGCACCGUUUGCAUUACAAUGUAGAGCCCCUCAAUAUCCGUAUAGGUCGUAUGCUCCUAUGCAACCCUAUGCAUUUAAUUACAAUUUUCCAGCUUAUGCUGGAAAUCAGCGGCUUUCUCGACCUCAAUACAAGCCACAAUCAUUUACCGCGGGUCCACAAGCCCCGAGUAACCCUAGGAAAUCAUUUAAUCAACACGGCGCAUCCAGCCAACACAUUAGCGUCAAAAGAAGAGGGAGAGGUGAACAGGUCAAAGUUGGUAGAGCAAACCCAGGUUGUUCUCAAAACUCUAAAAGAGUUAGGAUGGAUCGUCAACACAUCCAAGUCAAUCCUAGUCCCCCAGAGGUCGUUGGAGUACCUAGGUCUAGUAUGGGAUACCUGGAACAACAAGAAAAGCCUGCCACAGAAGAAAAUUCUGGGUCUACAGACCACUAUAGCAAGAUUUCUCACACAACAACAAGCGACGCUUCGGGAAGUUCAAGGUCUAGUAGGGACCAUGAAUUUUGCCCGUCUGGCUGUCCCACAGGGUCGAUUAAACUUCCGCUAUCUCCUGAAACAUUGCAUAUCUAUGCUUCAAAACAAUGUCAAGGAGAAAACUCCGCUACCAAUACAGGUAAUGAAAGAACUCAAGUGGUGGAGGCAGAACUGCGACAGGUCGUCUCUACUUCACCUUCCACUUCU